AGUCAAUUGAACCUGCGGUACAACGCGCCAGUGAAGAUUCGAUGCAAAUUUUUACCGCGUUUUGAAUUAAAACCGUAAAUUCGUAACUUGUAAACUUGAGUGUUAGUGGAUGUUUAAAUCGAAAGUUUUCAACAAAAGUGAACUUUGUUGAAAGACUAAAAUAAUUUCAAAAUAAUCUCAUGUACGACCUGAAACUCUCCCAAAUGAACUUUUCUUCUGAAAAUUCUACUCACCUGUUCGAUAAACACAUAGACAGAAAUACCACAGACCGAGAUGAGAACCUCGCCCGCGUGGAAGUUGCAACCCUCGCCAUAAUUUUCCUUCUUACCGUCAUCGGCAACACCACAGUAUUACUCGCUUUAUGGACCCGUCGAAGAUACGCCGGUCGCAAGAAACUCUCUCGAAUGUACUUCUUCAUCUUGCAUUUGAGCAUUGCCGACUUGAUUACGGCUUUUCUUAGCGUGCUGCCGCAGUUGGCUUGGGAUAUAACUUACAGAUUCUAUGGAGGUUUCCUUCUGUGUAAGAUCGUUAAAUAUGGACAGACUCUAGGUCCAUAUUUGAGCUCGUACGUGUUGAUGGCGACAGCCAUUGAUCGCCAUCAGGCCAUUUGUUACCCUUUGACCUACUGCUCGUGGACUUCCAGGAGGUCGAAAGUUAUGGUGUAUUUGGCAUGGGUGGCUAGUCUUGCAUUCUGUAUUCCACAGCUGACGAUCUUCACAUACACGAACGUUGGAGAAGAUGAGUACGACUGUUGGGCCACUUUCCAAGAACCAUGGGGUAAAAGGGCUUACGUCACAUGGUACAGCAUUUCUGUGUUUAUGAUCCCAUUAGUGGUUCUAAUUUUUACGUAUACGUCGAUCUGUAUUGAGAUUUGGCAAAGCUCCGAAUCGAGCCUACGACCUCGAAGCUCUCAGAAAUCAGCACCUGGGAAACGUACCCCUUUGAUCUCUCGAGCGAAGAUUAAUACUGUCAAGCAGACUAUUGCCGUCAUUGUAAUGUAUAUAGCGUGCUCGACUCCGUUUAUUCUAGCACAAUUAUGGGCCACUUGGGACCCCCAAAGCCCCUUCAUUGACGGACCCGUGUUUGUGAUAUUAACGCUCCUUUACUCGCUAAACAGCUGUGUAAACCCUUGGAUUUAUCUGGCAUUCAACCGGGAGUUGCCGCGCCUCCUGCUCCGCCACUACACUGCCUCCAGUAAAAACUACCGUUCCGCGACCGGAGGUAACAGUGCAAGUAACUCUUCAGGUGAUGCGCAGAGCACGUCUUUGAGGCCCUUCUCGCGUUGGUCGCUCUGCAACAGCGCUAGAUCCAACAAGUACCCCACAAGAGUCCCUCAUAGGCCCUACGUCGCUCAGUACAAUGCCCGGCGAUGGAUCGUCACGACGACUACUUGAAAUACGGAGACAGGUGGUCUACCAGACCACGAAGUCGACAAUAUUUCCGGUUCAUCGCUGUUGGAAAUCAGCGAGUUGACGACCGAAUUAACAGAAAUGGAAUCUGUGAUGUGACAGCACCACGAUGCUACCUGUACCUGACUUAAUGGAACUAUUUGUAACUUUAAGGAUUUGUGUGUCGACUUCUGUCCACACCCUUAGAUAGAGUAAACCAGGGUGAUAUAGUAAAUCGGGUGAAAUGGUGAUUUACUCUAUUUCUUUUUCGGGCAGAGAGAUUUUUCUGUAAUUCUGUUUGACAGUUGUUUAUGAUCAUUUGUACAUCGAGCACCUAUUAAAAACCAGUCUCGUUUUGAAAAGCGUAAGUAAUUUGAACAAAACUGUUUCAUGUGCUCAAUAAUUUUUAUACUGUGCAGGCGUUUGUACAUGUUGUUUCAGGUAGCCUAGUCCCCGAGGUAUUUUUUGAUAUGUUCUGCCUUUUUAGACUGUUUAUACACUACAUAAGCUUGCCUCCAGUAUUUUGAACUGCUUGCCGCACUAUUCAUCGUUUCAACCCUGCCCAAUGGUAGAAAUGAUGAACUCGGGCAUGGGUGAUACGGUGAACGACUUUUCUUACAUGUACUCGUAUUUUCGGCCUAAGUAAAAGUUUUAACUAUAUCAGCAUUGUUCCAGGCAAAGAUGCCUACAUUUUAUAAAAUUUUAUAAUUUUCUAAAAAAAAUUUAAAAUUUUACAUUUUAUAAAGUAGCACUAAAAAGGAAGUGGAUUGGAUAAAAUGUAUUAGAUGUCAACUUUGGUUGCACAAAGACUGUACGUAAGUCAAUGUGUAAUAUUUGGGGUAAAAAGCAGAAAAAGUAAGUUCACCAUUUCACCCAUAUGCAUGGGUGAAAUUGUGAAUUUGGUAAAAAACAAUUAUUUUUUUUUUCAAAUUGUUGUUAUGUCUCUAAGAGGUUAUGACAGUGUUAAGUUGUUACCUAUGUAUUUUAUGAAAGAAUAGUAGUUUUAUUUUGUCUAUAUAAACAAUUUCUUGUGUUCUACAGGGCUCAAUUUUUUUGUUCACCAUAUCACCCUGGUUUACCCUAUCUACGUGUAGUUUUUUUUAUACUUUUGACGUGAUACUUCUUAACUUCGAAGAUAAAUUAUUAUUGUUUUUAAAUUGAUGUAAGAUUUCAUAUUUUGUAUGGAAAUAUUAUACAGAGUGGUUAUAAAUGAUUUUCAUCUAGCCAGCUUUGUAACUUUUUUUAUUUUUG